GUUAAUAUAACCGUUGUGGAUUCGCUCUCAUUGUGUUUCCUUAGACAACAUUAUCAACCAUUGUUGGAGGAAGAGUAAAAUUGGAUCUCCUCCCUUUUAUUCUUCUUUUCGAUCAAGACAGAAAAUUCACCAAAAACCCUUUUCGCUUUUGGGUUUUGAAGAUCAGAAUUGGCCAGAAAUAUAGGCUUUUAUAUGGAUUUAUGGAUUGUAGCAGCAGCAACAGUCACUGGGGCUGGUUACGUGGCGUAGUGCUAUUGGCACAAAUGGCUUUCCAGAGCAACGGAAGCCGGAAGGUGUAGCAGAUCAGUCAGUUCAUGAUGGUGAGGAGGUGACUGAGUCUUCUGGUGAGUUGGUUUCUGAUUAUGUUGUGGCAGAAAAAGCUGGGUUUUCUAUUUAUCAAAGACUAAAGAAAGGCAGAUUUCUUGGAGUUAAAUCAAAAGGGCUUUCUCUAAAAAGAACUUAAUUCCACAGAAAGCUGCCUAUUGGUUCAGAUGGUGUUGUAUUGGGAAAAUGCUAGAGUGGAAGAGGAUGUGUACAGCUCAUCAUGUGCAUCACCUUGUAUUUUGGCAAUGAGGCCAUUUUUGGUUAACAGUGGGAGCCAAGUCAACGACGUGUGGUUAGAGAGUGAGGAAAAGGCGCGGUGGCGGCUGGGGAGGAGGAGGAAAAGGAGAUGCAGCAGCUCAACUAAACCAGUGGCUGGCAGCCCGUUUGGUUCACAAGGUUCAAGAAAUGGAAUGCUUCUCUUCUUUGUUGGAAUCAGUAUUGGAGUAAUAUAUGGUAUUAGUGCACGUAAAAGAGAAGUUGACAAGUUGAAUGAGUUGUUGAAGCAGACUCAGAAGUUGGCACAAAACCUACCCGAGGAGGAGGAGGGUUUCAGAUUCCAGGGAACUGAGAAGCAGAUCAUCACCUCCUUCAAUGUACAAGAACUGGAGAAAUCGAACAAAUGUGUUGCAAAAAGGCUCAAUGAUCAAACGGAGGAUGAUGCUGAAGCAAUGAGAAAAAUUGAGGCAGAGCUCCUAGCCGAACUAGAGCUUUUGGAAAUGAAUGCUCAGGAGGAAAUUAACAAAGGCGUGUCGCCUCAGGAGCUGAGUUUGCGUCUGUAUGAAGUGACUGAGUCGAGGCUCGAAGCACGAAUCGUGGAGCGCAAGGCAUCACUUGAAGCCAGUGAAAAGAAGGUGCGCUUAACGGAUUUGGAACUGAAAAACAUCACUGAUUGAUUCAUAGAUAUCGAAAGUACUUUCGUUCCCAGCAAUUUCAAACUCUGAACUCAAAAGAAGGUGCGCUUAAUUGUUCGUUGAUGACACUAUUUUAGCGUGAUAUAACAGGUUCAUUACAAUCAAUACAAGUAAAAUCAAUUGGAUU